UCGCGGCGCUGCCGGGAACUACUGGGCCGCUCGAUUGCGCGGCUCGUUUCCAAGUUCUGCCUCACAAGCGCAGUGCAUCUCUCGUUUUCCACCUGUCGAGCGUCGUCUCCUCGGCGACAUUAGGGGCGCAGCAAAAUGUCUGACCCGGUGGAGAAGGCGGAAAAGCCGCAAGAUGCAGCGGGGAAGACGGCUUGCAUCGUGCGCAUCGCUUAUCGCCAACUCAGCAUCAUGACCGGCUGCGAGGACCCCACUAAACCGGCUCCGAUCGUCGUCGACGAUGUUAAGAGCUUCUCGUGCACCGCUAGGAUCUUAAGACUGCCAGUUGUUGUUUCCGUGACCUCGACAGUCUCGGACUUGUAUACUUCCCUCAAGGAGUCCCACAGCGCCGUCGCGACGACCUUGAACAACGCUGAGGAUAUAUUGGGAGGAGUUGCCAAGGCUGUUGAGCCUGCUACCAGCAAAAUCGGUGCAACGCUCGAGACACCGCUGAGAAGCAUCGACAGCGCCAUCUGUGGAGGACUUGAUUACCUAGAAGAAAAAGCUCCGGAUAUUUCUCAACCGGCGGGAGAAUUUUAUGAAGUCUUUGUUAGUUAUAUCAGAUGUGCUUACCGUGUAACGAUACAAUAUUACAGCGUAUUUUUUGAGAGUAUGAGGGAAAAGAUGGGGCAGUUGACGGCAAAUGAAGAAACGAAUGGUAAAGAGACCCCAAAGUCAAAGAAGGACUAGUUCCGAUGUGUCUUAAAUAAUCGAAAGAUAAUCUUUCUGCUCAGCUGGGAGCGCACAUCUUGUUUAAAUGAAAUUUUGUUGCCAACGUUGAUGAUAUUAUUUCUGAAGCCCUGUGUGUAUACUUACAAUCAAAAUGAUCUGAACAUUGUUUCAGAUGCCCCUUGUGAUUAGCAAGUGUAAGUACUUAUUCUACAUUCAGAUCUUAAAGUAUCAAUGAAUAUAUGCAGUACACCGUGUGAUUUGUGAUAAUAAUACUCGACGUAGAACACUGUUAGCUGUUUUAGAUCGACCCAUAUAAGUUAUCGCUGAAAGCAACCUAUGAACAGUUAAUAUAAAUAUUAUUCAGCAAGUUUUACAGGACAAAAUUAUUGUCUGCCAUUAUAUAUGUACAGAAUAUAAUAAAUGGAAUGACGUACUCAA